AUGGAUACUCGCGGGUCUCGAUUCCUGGACCCGUCGUCCGCAAUGGCGGCGAUCACCAGGCACAAAGCCGAAGCGAUUAAAUUAGCCCGAGAGCAGGGAACUGCAGUCAAAGAGAUGUGUCGGCGUGCAAAGACAGAUGUGCCUCCGUACGAAUUCGAAGAGUUGAUCGGUAAAGGUGCAUAUGGUCGGGUCUACAAAGGUCGACAGAUGCCAUCGGGCCGCCUUGUCGCCAUCAAGGUUCUCGACAUUGAUUCGCUGGAUUACAAAUCCCAGCGUGACUUCAGGGACGAGUCCAUCAAAGAUUUCAUCCACGAGACCAAGGUCAUGAAGCAAGUGAAGGACUCAGGAGCCCGAAACAUCAACGAACUCAUCGAAGCUAUCUCCAUUCACUCCCAACUGUGGCUAGUGUGUGAGUAUUGUCCAGGUGGCAGUGUCAGAACAUUGAUGCGUGCAACUGGCGAUAGACUUGACGAAAAGUACAUCAUUCCUAUCGCACGAGAACUGGCAAUUGGCCUACGCGCUAUUCAUGAAGCCGGAAUUAUUCAUCGCGAUGUCAAAGCUGCAAAUAUUUUGGUGCAUGAGGAAGGUCGAUUAGAGAUUUGUGACUUUGGUGUCGCCGGUAUCCUUCAGUCCCAGCGUGACAAAAGAUCAACAUGGAUUGGAACACCUCAUUGGAUGCCACCGGAGAUGUUCGGUCGUGGACCAGCACAUCGUUACAGCAGUGAGGUCGACGUGUGGGCAUAUGGAUGUACGCUUUACGAAUUUGCGAAUGGAAGUCCGCCCAAUGCAGGUCUUCGGGAGCCAAUGCAAAUCGGGCGCCAAUUAAACAGGACUGCCCCCAAGCUCAACAACGACAAUUACAGUCAGGGUCUCCAAGAGUUUAUUGCGUUUGUCCUUGAGCCCGACCCUGCGAAUCGUCCUACAAUGGCAGACGUUCUGGAACAUCCAUACAUUGCUGGAACCGAGGAAGAAUAUCCUACGUCAUCCGUAGGCGAGCUGGUUCGCAAUUACUACCAAUGGUCGCAACGAGGAGGUCAACGUAUUUCUUUGUUCAAUCCUGGAGGUGCUCAGGCAGCAGAAAUGCCAGAUGCCGAAGAGCCAGUCGAUGAUUGGAACUUCAGCACAACCGAUGGAUUUGAGCGAAGGUUCUCUGUCAUUGAUCUGGAUCAAAUUGCCGCGUCUCUCGCUGAGAUGGAAGAACCUGUCAGCCCUACCACACCAAGUCCUGAAAAUGACUCUGGCGAAGAUGUGAAUAUCAGCGACAUGGACCCCGAACAACAAGCCAACUUUGAUGAACGUGUACGCCGUGGUGCCGCUGCUAUGGAGGGCCUUUUCAAUGAAGAAAUGCCCAGCUACAAGUACGAGACCAAGAAUGACUUUGUGCCCAUACAGCCGGCUCCGCCGACUUCUGAUCUUCCUUUACGCACUGAAACGGAUCGGUCCUCCGUUAUGUCUACAUUGAUCGACAUUGACAUUGGAUCCUUUGACUCUUCACACUACGCAGCUGGUGCUCCGACUGCACAGCCUUUCCAGCUAGCUAAUGCUGAUACGAUCCGUGCGAAUCGUCACCGGAACUCGAAUGAAAAUAGCUCACAGUCAUCCAACAGUGGUCACGAAAGUGAGGAACUACAAGAGGAGAACUUCCAGCCUCAGACUGGCCCACGCCCUCCAACAAUGGAUUGGAAGUUCCCUUCAUUUGCGCCGCCUCCAGAGCCCGAGGAUGAGCCCGAAGCAAAGGCAGUAGAGACCCCAACACCAGCUGCUUCGGCAUCCGAGGAACCAUUCCAGGCAGAAAAGCGUGCAACUAUGCAGUGGACCUUUCCGGUCAUGGGCGCUGAUACAAGCGAUGCAGUCAAUUCCGAUCGCUAUGACACGCUGCGAGCACCGCUGCCCGGUAUUCAGGAACAGAAUCAUGACACACCUGUUGAAUCUCGACCAUCGACCUCAGCCUCCAACAAAUCCACUAUGUCCGACUCCGACUCCGACCCUUUCCGGUUUGAUCGACCAAAAGCCCCACAAGCAUCAUUACACCAACCAAAUCCAUCAUUCGGCUCGGCCCUAGGCGAUCCCUCCGAUGAAGUGGAACAUGACUCCUCAGGAAUUCUCGAUGGGCCGGGACCAGACGAGGAGGAUCAACCCGAGUGGAGCGAGACCUCUUCAGUAAUCGACCUGAAUGAUGUACCGCUUCCCACGGCUGUUCCCGUGCUCGACGGACCGGGAGAAAGCCCUAUCAUUGCCUCGGAGCCAGGCUCUCCCGUAUACGAAGAGCCUUUGCAGACCGCUCGUCGUGAUGUGGUUUCCAUGAAAAUGUCUCAAACCGACACCGCCAAGGAAGAUGAGUCAGAUGCUCUAUCUUUCCCUCAUAUCGUCCCACCUUGCGUGGAGAGCUUGAUGGAAGGUAUCGAUGACAAUACUGUCACCACGGAGUUGGAUCGUCUGCUCGAUGAUUUCCUCGAUGCCCUGGCAGCUACAGGAGAUGCACUCUCGAGGGCAGGCCCUGGACAGCAGACGGAAGAAAUGAAGCGUGCCUCGGAGGUAGGCCAGUGA